CUGACCUUAUCUUAUUACACUCUUCUCUAACUACCAUGAGUUCAGUCCAAUCACCCGCAGUCUCGCCGGCAGAACUACAGCUAUGGCGGAAAAGAGCAAGAUUCUGUUAAUCGGAGGCACCGGUUACAUCGGAAAAUACUUGGUCGAGGCCAGCGCCCAAUCUGGUCACCCUACUUUCCUUCUCGUCAGAGAAUCCACUCUCUCUAACCCCGAGAAAUCAACCGUCAUCGGCAAAUUCAAGACCCUUGGCGUCCGUUUCCUCACCGGCGAUCUCUACGAUCACGAGAGCUUGGUCAAGGCGAUCAGGCAAGUGGAUGUGGUGAUUUCUACUGUAGGUUACGCCCAGCUGCUCGAUCAAGUCAGGAUAAUCUCCGCCAUCAAAGAAGCAGGAAACAUCAAGAGAUUCUUGCCGUCGGAGUUCGGCAGCGAUGUGGAUCAUGUCAACGCUGUGGAGCCAGCUAAAACUGCAUUCGCCAGCAAGGCUAAAGUGCGUCGGGCUAUUGAGUCCGAAGGCAUUCCUUUCACCUACGUAUCCUCCAACCUUUUCAAUGGCAUCUUUCUCGCCACAUUGACCCAGCUCGGAACCACAGCUCCACCGCGAGAUAAAGUUGUUAUCUUCGGAGAUGGAAACCCUAAAGCAAUUUUUAAUACGGAGGAGGAGAUUGCAACCUACACCAUCAAAGCAGUGGAUGAUCUAAGAACCUUGAACAAGAUUCUGUACGUAAGACCACCAGGCAACACAAUCUCCCUAAACGAUCUCGUGUCUUUGUGGGAGAAGAAGAUCGGGCACAUCCUUGAAAGGGUUUACAUCUCAGAGGAACAGCUCCUGAAGAACAUUCAAGGUGGAUAUAUUCCUCUUUCAACAAAUUCUCUUCCACAUUCUCCCUUUCUCGACACCAAGUCCCUUGUCCGAACCAGCGUCCUGUGCAAAAGAUGGAAGACCUUGUGGAAAGCCACCCCUGCUCUCAAUUUCUCUUGCUGCGAUGAGCCGAGUCGCAGAGUACACGUAGAAAAGCUUCUUCUGUCUCUCAGCUCCGAUCAAAAGAAGUCUCUCAGGCUGGUCAGGUCGUGGUUCCAUGGUUCAUCUGCGUUUCCUAGCUUCAGUUCAUUGACAACUUUGGAACUGAGGGAGUGCUCUUUCUACAGUUCUUAUGCCAAUCCAACGACAAGAACAGGUUCUGCAAUUGUUCCUAGUUUGAAGCGCUUGAAGCUGCUCCGUUGCAAGGCGGUGGAUCUCAUAAUAGUGUCACUGCCCCAGGUGUUGGACCUGGAGAUUUGGAAUCCAUACAUCUGGCCGAGUUUCAGGGUCGAGAAAUUGUUGACUCGAAAGGUCGAAUCGUUUAAGUUGGGUCACCUCGAAGACCUGUAUGGUCGGGGAGAAGCUUUAAGAAAAUCCAACCAAGUCGCCGGAAAGCAGCCAAUGGCAGAGCAGAAGACGAAGAUUCUGAUCAUCGGAGGGACGGGGUACAUAGGGAAGUACAUAGUGGAAGCUAGCGCCAACGCCGGCCACCCUACCUACGCUCUCGUCCGCCGCUCCACUCUCACUAGCCCCACCAAAUCCAACACCAUCGACUCCUUCAACAAGCUCGGCGUCAAGCUCCUCAUCGGUGAUCUGAAUGAUCACGAGAAUCUGGUGAAGGCGAUUAAGCUGGUGGACGUAGUGAUCUCGACUGUCGGCCAGGACCAGCUGGCUGAUCAAAACAAGAUCAUCUCCGCAAUUAAAGAAGCUGGCAACAUCAAGAGAUUCUUCCCGUCAGAAUUUGGGAACGAUGUGGACCGCGUGCAUGCGGUGGAGCCGGCGAGGACUGCAUUCGCGGCCAAAGCGAGCAUCCGGCGAGCAGUGGAGGCGGCGGGGAUACCGUACACCUAUGUGUCAGCCAACUUCUUCGCGGGUUACUUCCUCCCGACCUUGAACCAGCCUGGAGUCGCCGCUCCGCCGCGGGAUAAAGUCGUCAUCUUCGGCGAUGGAACCCCUAAAGCAAUCUUUAACAAGGAAGAGGAUAUUGGGACAUUCACCAUCAAAGCUGUGGAUGACCCGAGGACCUUGAACAAGAUCGUGUACAUUAGGCCGCCGGCCAAUACGAUCUGCUUCAACGAUCUUGUUACCUUGUGGGAGAAGAAGAUCGGCAAGAAGUUGGAGAGGAUCUACAUCUCUGAAGAACAGCUUCUGGAGAACAUCCGAGAGUCUGCACCGCCGCUGAAUGUGAUACUGGCAAUCGGGCACUCGGUGUUUGUGAAGGGAGACCAUACCAACUUCGAGAUAGAGCCGUCGUUUGGAGUUGAAGCGUCGGAGCUUUACCCUGAUGUUGAGUACUCGACUGUGGAUGAGUAUCUUACCCAGUUUGUCUGAGUUUUUUUUUUGUGUGGUGUCUGUGUAUUAUGGUAACUGGGGGAAACUACAUAAAGAUAGCUUUUUAGCUUGAUAUGAUGAUGAAAUAGUAACACUACACUACCUAACCUACCUUGAAUUGCCUUUCUAUGGAAGUUUCAAA